AUGAGCAAGUCGAACCUCGUGCUGUACGAUAUUCCGACUGUGACGAACAACUGCAUGCAGGAGCUACUUGACGAGUCCGACGAGGCCACAGCCUAUACGACGCGGGACACUCUGCGCAAAGGAUUUGGGGGUAUUGUAGACGACUUGAUCAGCUCAGGAACGAGUAGUAACGGCACACUUCUUACUGCGGGACAAUACGCGUACAAGAUCGCUGACAAGGCAGCAACGUUCUAUGCUGUUUGGGACAAAACGAACAUCGGUGGAGCGAUCUCCGAGUUUUUCCAGACCAUCUGUGGCCCUACAGAGUAUGUCGGUGAAAUUGAUGAUGGUAGUGCGAAAGACGCGCUGGGUCUAAAGACUGUCAAGGCGGCUUUCAAUAACAGCGCUGGCAACUGGACGAAGAAGGGUGACGGCUCUGUCGUCAUUACGUUCAAGAGUGUCGACACAAAGGAUGUGACUGUGAAUAUCAAAUCUGGAGGUAAUAAGAUCGAUGAAGUGUCCGUCGCGGCGGGUAAAACUGUGACGUGGAGAUCAAAUGUGACGGUUUUGGGUGGCAAGACGUUGUUUUUUGACCGCUGGCGCCCGGGCUUCCUAGGUCUCCCCGGUACGGGCGGUGGCUCACUGCUACUGUGGGUGCCUCGAUCAACACAAGGCGGCAAUCUGCGGCUGACCGCAAUGCUCAAUGUGAGCUGA